GGGAAUAUCUUGAUGAUUCCCAAAAAUGUCAGUUGUGUGAAGCAUCCUGUCAGAAGUGCAUUGGACCUGAGCCAGACAACUGCAUCAGCUGCCCACUUACAAGAGUCUUUGAUGAUGGUCGCUGUAUUAUGCAAUGCCCCAGAGGAAAGUUUGAAUUCAAAGGACAAUGUCAUUUGUGCCAUCAUACCUGCCUGGACUGCAGUGGAAGUGAACCUAACAAAUGCACCACUUGUGGAACAGAUAGAAGAGGGAUUGAACGUUUCCUGUAUCAUGGGGAGUGCAGAGAGAGCUGUCCUCCAGGUCACUACCAUUCAGAGCAUAUCUGCAUGGCUUGCUUUAGCCACUGUGAGGUAUGCCUGAACUCCAGCCACUGCAAAAGAUGUUUCAGAGGCUACUACCUUACUCAAAAUGUAUGUCAGAAACAUAGCUGUAAAGAAGGUGAGGUGGAAGAUUCUGACUCUGAAGAUUGCAUACCUUGUUCAGAUGGAUGCCAGAAAUGCAAAUUCGGUAAAUAUUCCCUUUAUGAGCCUUUAUUCUUAUAUCUAAGGUAUAAGCAGCAUUGCUAUAAAUACUGCCCAGAAAAUACCUACAGAGAUGAAAGUUCUCUGCAGUGUAGAGAAUGUCCUAGCAAAUGUGAUAGCUGUGACAAGGAUACGUGUGACUCAUGUAAGGAAGGCUUUUAUCUCUUAGGUGGCACAUGUGUGAGUGAGUGUGGGGAUGGCUUCUUCACUGAUGACAUCUCCAGAGAAUGUGAACCUUGCCACAGGAGCUGUGCAAUGUGUGUUGGAUACAGCUAUGAAAACUGUACUGGGUGCAGAAAGAGUUUCCAGCUAUCUCACGGGCAGUGUCUGAGUCCAAGAAAUUCUCCACCCAGUGGGAAGUUCUGGAGUGGAAAAUUUCUUACCCAUGAUACUUGUGUUUCUCUGUGCCCUCAAAAAACUUUUGGCAAUGUUGCAAGUGGCAAGUGCGAAAUGUGCAUGGAUGGCUGUGAGGUGUGCUUCGACCACUGGCACUGCCAGAAGUGUCAGGCUGAAGAUCGCUCUUCCUCCACAAAGACAGAUGUUUACAAGAAUGCCCUGAGUUGGGACAUGCUGUAUGGGAUAGAAAGGGUUGACUUGCUGCACUGGGGAUAUUUUAAUGAUUCUGAGACUUGCAAGGAAUGCAGUGGAUCCUGUAAGACAUGCGUGGGAACUGCAACCAAAUGCCUGUCCUGUAAAAGUCCCUUGCUUCUGCAGCAGUGGAAAUGUAAACCUACCUGUUCAGAGAAGCAUUUUGCCUCUGAAGGAAUCUGCAAACACUGCCCUGAAAUGUGUCUGGAGUGCAUUCACAAUGAAAUAUGCAAAGAGUGCAUGGAUGAGUUCUUCCUGCAUGAGGGGAAGUGUGUGCAGGACUGCCCUUCUCACUUCUAUGCUGAAGACAAGCACUGCUUUCCCUGCCAUGCAGACUGCAAGGACUGUGAUGGGCCGGACUCAGAUGACUGCACUGAGUGUGCCAUCAGCUACUUUGUCCUCUACAGCGGCACAUGUUUUGAAGAGUGCCCUGAAGGGACUUACUUUGAAAAAGCCAGUGGAGACUGUCAAGCAUGCAACAGGACGUGCCAGACUUGUUCUUCUUCCACUGCCUGCCUUACCUGCAGAAAUGGCCUGAUGCUGAACCAUGACAGUCAGUGUGUGUCAUCUGGAUACUGCUCUCACACUGAGUACUACAUUGAGAAAACUCAGACCUGUAAGCCCUGUCAUAAGAAAUGCUUCCACUGCUCUGGACCGACUGAACACCAGUGUCUUAGCUGUGCCAAUAACCGCUAUCUUCUCAAUGCAACCUGCGUUGAAACAUGCCCAGAUGGGUAUUAUGUUGACAGUGAUGAGAGACAGUGUUCCCCAUGCCACAGCGCCUGUGCCACUUGCACUGGAAAACACAGCUCACAGUGCCUUUCCUGCAAACCGGGCUGGUACAGACAAGGAAAAAGAUGUGUAAACCAGUGUCCAGCAGGGUAUUUUGCACAAAACUCCACUGGAUCAUGUGAGAGGUGCCACAAAGGUUGUAAGGAGUGCAUGGGGCCUCAACCCACAGACUGCCUUCUCUGUGACACAUAUUUCUACCUGUUGCGUUCCAAGAAUGAAUGCAUUAGCUCUUGUCCUGAGUAUUACUAUGAAAACAAGGACAACAAUGUCUGUGAAAGAUGCCACCCUUCCUGCCGAGCUUGUGAAGGGAAGGGAGCAUUCAGCUGCACAUCUUGUGUAUGGAGCCACAGUUUAUCACGUGGAAUGUGCAACUCAGACUGUUUUGUAGGUGAAUACAAAGUCCAGGAGACACCAGAUCAAGAGUGUGAGAGAUGUGACAGCUCAUGCACUGAGUGCAAGGGACCUGGGCCUCUCAACUGCACAGUCUGUCCAGCCACCAUGCAGCUCUACCUGGCAGAAAGCCGCUGCCUGCCCUGCUGCCAUGACUCGGACCUCGCAGGCACCCCAGAGUGCUGUGAUUGCAAUGAAACACAAGAUGACUGUGUAUUACGGACCACUUUACCACCUGAGAGCAAAAGCAAAACUGCUUUCUUUGUUACUACCUGUAUUUUACUUCUCCUUGUCAUUGGAGCCAUUGUAUUCAUCUGGAGAAAAACACGAGCCAAAACCCAGGCUGUCAAUAAAGGCAGGUAUGAGAAGCUGACAAAUCACUCCAAAACCUUCCCUUCCUAUGUGGGCAACUACCACGAGAGCACCAGUUACCAGGAAGAUCAGGUCAUAGAGUAUAGAGAUCGUGAUAAUGAAGAUGAUGAUGAAGAAGAUGACAUUGUGUACAUGGGCCAGGAUGGCACAGUCUAUCGCAAAUUUAAAUAUGGACUUUUGGAGGAUGAUGAGGAAGAUGAGCUUGAAUAUGAUGAUGAAAGUUAUUCAUUUAGAUAA